CAAGAAUUGCAUGCACUUUGUGGGGCAGAUAUGCUUCAAAUCUCAUGAAAUUUGUGGAAAAAUUGCCAAAGCAACCCGUCAUAGCUGUAAUCCAGUUUUGCAAAGCAGGGAUAUAUAAUGGCAACAUUAAGGCUUCCACUUACUACGAUGUUUCUAAGAUGUUGCUUGAUGAGAACAUUCAAGAGAUUAACACCUUCAGAGAGAGGUAAUUUAAAAAAUACUUUGGUCUUUGAAAAAAAAUAACAAUUUUCAAAAACUAUUUAGAAUUGUUUCUUAUUGGCAAACCAGAUACAUUGCAACAAGAUGUAUUUCCAAUCAGUCUUUAUCCUUGAGUGUCUCUACGAUAACAUUUCAAAGUACUCCAAUGACAAUCAAGCUCAGAACGAUAGAGGAAGUUAUUGAAAGGAAAGAGGUAAAGUACAUAUUUUGAAAAUUUUAAUUAUCUCAUCAAACAUUACAUCCUACAUAUCUCUUUUUACAGCAAGGGCGUGUUUGGAUUUCUUGCUCUAUUGCGGGAAUAGAAAACUCAGGUUCCUGGUUUUACAGCUCCUGUAAGGGAUGCCCUAAGAAAAAAUUGCCAGAGGACAGUUUGAACUUUUGUGGUGUGUGUAAAUCCCAAGGUGUGGUUUUGAGGUAAAUAUAAUAUUUUGCAUCUUUUAACACUUUAAUAAAUAUUUUUCUUAUAAAUUUUUGUACUUAUAAAUUACUUAUAUUUUCUAAAUGUAAAUUAGAUACCGUUUAAAAGUCCAUGUAGUGGAUGACACUGGCAAUUUAUCAUUGGUGUUAUGGGAUAAGCAUUGUAUAAGGAUACUUGGAAGGAGAGCUGAGGAGAAAGAAGGUGAAUUGCCAAUUGAAAUUGAGGAACUUGUAGAGAGGAAAAUGAUGUUUGAAAUUGAAGUAUCAAAAUCUCAAGAUUCACUCUAUGAAGACAGUUUUAGUGUGUCUCAGGUCUCUACAGAUCCAACUUUUAUUGAAAAACACUCCCGUGAGACACCAUCUACCCAAGAGUCAGUAUCCCAGCCAAAACUUAAGAUGGCAGAUUUUGGGGUUGAAGAGAAUGUUGAUUCAAUAGCUGAUAAGGUUUAAAUAAAGUUAACCACUUUGUUUAGUUCAUAUUUCUUAAUUUAUUAAAAAAACUGAAAGCACUUAAAAUGCAGGGUGAAACCAGUGUGAAAAGAGACGUCAUUAUUGACGUAGAGGGCCUGGAAGUCUUGGAGUGUGAUGACAAAAACAAAUUGAAGAGGGAUCUUUUCCAUGAUUUUGAAAUAGGAGAGCAAGAGCAAUUGAAAAGGCCAAAAAAGACUAUCAAAGUUGAAAAGGAAUGAGAGAGAAUGAUUUUAGAAAUAUUUUUCCCAAUUCCUGUUUUUUCAAUGUCUUGAGUGUGCUAAAUAAGUGCUCUUGCACGGACUGUUUUACCAUUCCCCCUUUCUUGAAUGUCAUUUAGUUUGAUUUCAAUCAGCUCUUAAAAUAGAAGUCUAUAUUCAUUUAUUUAAAUUACAUAUCUAUUAGUACAAAAGCUGAACAUAUACCUCGCUAAACUUACCCAGACCCAACAACCCGGCACUGAACCGAUACAAACCCACAUCGAUACAAACCCAAACCGAUGAAAAUCCAGACCGAUACAAACCUAAAGCGAACCCAAACCGCAACCGAACCAAAACCGAAAAUCAAUCAAACAAAAAAAACCCGGAACCGAACUGACUAUAACCGAACUGACCCGAACCGAUUAUAACAUAUAUCCGUAAAAGACCCAAACCGGAACCGAACCAAUUGACCCGAUUGCCAUGUCUAACUGAACAUCCGUGAACUAUAAUAACAACAAUAUAAAUUAUUUCGUGUUAGGUUUACAAUUUCACGAAGAACCCAAGCGGUGGUUCUAUAACACUGAAUAUGAGAAGUGCAGUUAUGGUGAAAAAGUAGAGAUCAUAUUAUAAAAGCCUAAAUAAUGGAAGAGGAGGGAUCUUUGAUGUUUGAAGUUUUACAUUUUGAUAAAAUGUAAAAAAAAGUGUGCAUGAAAUAAAAAAAAACGUGAGUUUUAAAGUUGACCAUGGAAAGUGACAUGAAAAAACAUCCAUACGUGGCAUGGUACAAUAUAUAAAAAGUGUAGUUUCUAAAUUGUAGUGUAUGAAAAAAUAUGUGACAAGUUAACGCAGUGCAUGCAAAUAUUGAUUAAGUUCAAAGGAAUUUGAAGAUUGUAUUUAUUUAAACUUAUUAAAAUUUCUUUUUUAAGUUUAAAGUAAUGAACUCUACUGACUUUAGAAAGAGUGGUUAAAGAAAAUUUAUAACCAAAAAAAUGUUUUAAGAAAAAUUACUUGGUGUAAUAUUUAAAAAAUUUACUGAACACCCAUUUUAAAACAUCAAAAGUAGUUUCAUGAAAUUUGAAAACAUUCAAUGUAUCAGCUUAGUGGGUAUACAUGAGAAGACAAUUUUUUGGACUUAGUAAAUGGUAUUUCUCAAU